GUUAGCGCGUCCCCGGCUCAGGCCUUACCGCUCCAGGAAAGAUGUCGGGGUCCGACGAGCCCCGGGUGAUGUCCUCGGCGGAUGAGGCUGAGCCGCAGGAGGAGGAGGAAGAGGAGGAAGAAGAAGGAGAAGGGAAGAAGAGAGAGAAGGAGCCGGCGGCUGCGGCUCCCGGGGCAGCCGGGGCGGCGGGGCCCAGCGCCGGCUUCGGGCUGGUGGCGGCGCGGCGGGAGCCGGCCGUGAAGCUGCAACACCCGGUCAGCGGCCUGGAGCCGCUCUCCUGGUCCGAGGACCACCGGGUGUCGGUCUCCACUGCCCGCAGCAUCGCAGUGCUGGAGCUCAUCUGCGACGUGCACAGCCCGGGCCAGGACCUGGUCAUCCAUCGCACCUCGGUGCCCGCCCCGGCCAACAGCUGCCUGCUCAAGGUUGGUUCAAAAAAGGAGGUUGCUGAAUGUAAGGAGAAAUUUGCCACCUCUAAGGACCCCACAGUCAGUCAGAGCUUCAUGCUAGAUAGGGUGUUCAAUCCUGAAGGAAAAUCUUUGCCACCAAUGAGAGGAUUCAAGUACACCAGCUGGUCCCCAAUGGGCUGUGAUGCUAAUGGGAGAUGCCUGUUGUCAGCAUUGACCAUGGACAAUCGAUUGACCAUCCAGGCUAACCUCAACAGACUGCAGUGGGUACAGCUAGUUGAUCUAACUGAGAUCUAUGGAGAGCGCCUUUAUGAGACCAGCUAUAAGCUCAACAAAAAUGAAGCCCCCGAAGGAGAUCUUGGGGAUUUUGCAGAGUUUCAGAGGAGACACAGCAUGCAGACGCCAGUACGGAUGGAGUGGUCAGGCAUUUGCACCACCCAGCAGGUCAAACACAAUAAUGAAUGCCGUGAUGUUGGCAGUGUUCUUCUGGCAGUCCUUUUUGAAAAUGGAAACAUUGCAGUGUGGCAGUUUCAGCUCCCAUUUAUUGGCAAGGAAUCCAUCUCUUCAUGCAACACAAUUGAAUCAGGGAUUACCUCUCCUAGCGUUUUGUUUUGGUGGGAGUAUGAACACAAUAACCGAAAGAUGAGUGGGCUCAUUGUGGGGAGCGCUUUUGGGCCUGUUAAAAUUCUUCCUGUUAACCUCAAAGCAGUUAAAGGCUACUUUACAUUAAGGCAACCUGUUAUUCUAUGGAAGGAAAUGGACCAGUUGCCAGUGCACAGCAUUAAAUGUAUUCCUCUUUAUCAUCCUUACCAGAAAUGUAGUUGUAGCUUAGUGGUGGCUGCUAGGGGAUCCUAUGUGUUUUGGUGUCUUCUUCUGAUAUCCAAAGCAGGUCUGAAUGUCCAUAAUUCCCAUGUCACAGGACUCCAUACACUACCAAUUGUUUCCAUGACCGCAGACAAACAAAAUGGUACAGUAUACACAUGCUCAAGUGAUGGAAAGGUGAGGCAGCUGAUUCCCAUUUUUACAGAUGUUGCAUUGAAGUUUGAGCACCAACUGAUUAAACUAUCAGAAGUAUUUGGCUCAGUAAGGACUCAUGGGAUAGCGGUAAGCCCCUGUGGUGCGUACCUGGCAGUCAUUACAACUGAGGGCAUGGUCAAUGGUCUCCACCCUGUUAAUAAAAACUACCAGGUUCAGUUUGUAACUCUCAAAACAUUUGAAGAAGCAGCAGCUCAGCUCUUAGAGUCUUCAGUUCAAAACCUCUUUAAGCAGGUAGACUUAUUAGACCUGGUACGCUGGAAAAUUUUGAAAGAUAAACAUAUCCCUCAGUUUUUACAAGAAGCCUUGGACAAGAAAAUUGAAGGUUCCGGGUCUACUUACUUUUGGCGUUUUAAACUUUUCCUCUUGAGGAUUUUAUACCAGUCAAUGCAGAAAACCCCCUCAGAGGUCUUAUGGAAGCCCACCCAUGAGGACAGCAAAGUCUUAAUAACUGACUCCCUUGGGCUGGGCCAUGCCGAGGAGGAACAACAGGAAGAAGGAACUUCUUUCAAACAAACAAGCAAGCCAGGUGGUCAUGAGAGAAACAAAGAAAGAGAUGCUGAAGAUGGAGCUGACAGCUCACCCCUCCAGUCUGGAGAUGCAGGUCGUGAGCCAAUGGAAGAAAAGCUCCUUGAAAUCCAAGGAAGAAUCGAAGCUGUAGAAAUGCACUUAACUAGGGAGCACAUGAAGAGGGUGUUGGGGGAAGUAUACCUGCACACGUGGAUCACGGAGAACACUAGCAUCCCCACCAGAGGACUCUGUGACUUUUUAAUGUCUGAUGAAGGCUAUGAUGACAGAACAGCUCGGGUACUUAUUGGGCACAUCUCAAAGAAGAUGAACAAACAAACUUUCCCUGAACACUGCAGCUUGUGUAAAGAAAUUUUGCCAUUCACAGAUCGUAAGCAGGCAGUUUGCUCUAAUGGGCACAUUUGGCUUCGGUGCUUUUUAACCUACCAGUCCUGCCAGAGUUUGAUAUACAGAAGGUGUUUGCUUCAUGACAGCAUUGCACGACAUCCAACUCCAGAAGAUCCUGACUGGAUAAAGAGGUUAUUGCAAGGCCCUUGCCCAUUCUGCGACUCCCCUGUUUUCUAAAUGACAGUCAUGGGAAGAUGGAGAAGGCAAUUGUUUUGCUAUAAAAAAAAACUUCCUUUGCCUGAAAGGAAGAAAAAAAAAGCACAGGAGUAAACUUUACCUAGAUAAGAGGAGAGAUGCUGUCCUCAUUCCUAUAAAUAGGAAAUUGGAGACUCCUGUCUUAGAGGCUCAGUUCCCUCUUGUCUUGAGAGGUGGAAGUGCAUCUUUUUUAAUAUUUCUGGAUAAUGAGGAUUUGCUGAAGUAUUUUUGAGGUGACUGCAAGCCCCUCUUACCUAAUGGGCACUCUUAUUCGGCUUGCAUCUUUUGAUAGAAAACAGCCUGGACAAUAACCAUCUCCUAACAUUACUGGAAACCAGAUGGCUUCUUCGGACCAGCUUGGAAAUGCACCUCUUUUAGGCCAAGUUAAACUGGCCCCUUUUCUUCUUCUCUGACUGGAAUAGUCUCCUAGAUCUGGAGAGAGCUUCUGUCUUCUGAUGGCUGGCUUUUCACAGGUCCUAGCACCCAGCAUACCAUCAAAUGUUGAAGUAUCCUAAACUGUGUACAGUUUGUUUUGUUUUUUUUAGCAAGUGGCCUGCAUGCCUGCUGUAGCCCUUCAGAGAAAACAGAAAUUAGCAUUUUAGGCCUUGUUUUCUCUCAAAAUGAACAAACAUCAUCCUUUGCCUUUUGUGGUAAUACUGCAUUGAGACCAAAAGAUUGGUUUUGGUGUGCCAAAUGAGGAUCAGUUGGAUGGGACUCUUAUUGGUUAAUACUCACAUAUAACAUUUUUCAAUUAGCUAUUCUUCCCAUAUAAUCUGAUCACAUUAACCAACUCUUAAAAAUAUAUCAGGAUUCCAAGUAUUCAGUAUUCCUUCUUUCAUCCCAUUUUGGUUUUGAAGUAAAUUUAUUUAAGUGUUUAUAUUCUAGGCUCUUUGUUUUCUUUUGAAAGAAAGGAAAGAAAACCACUAUUGUAUUAACAUUAUUUUUAGUAGUUUUAAUUGUGUGCAUUCCUAAGCAAAACUUUUAGAAUCUAAGGGAGAGGUAUAAUAAAGAUGAUCAUAGAGAAUUCCUAAGAAAAGGGAAUCCUUGUCUGGGUUGCACUGAUGCCAAAUGUAUGUUCAGCCUAAUUGAAUAGAACCAGGUAACUUGUACCAGAUGCAAAAUUUCUAUAUCCUUUUAUAAACCAGGGUAAUAAAAUAAUACUUGUCCUUGUUAAAACACGAAAUAGGCAUUCUGGAAUUGUAGUAGGCUUGGAUAUGUGAAUUGAAUCAUUGGCUCUGGACUUAGUCCAUAAUUCAGUUAUCUUGAGGUGGCUCCCACUUGUGUUGAAAGAUGGGUGGGAAUAGUAAACAUUUAUUUCUUCGGUCAGAUGCUUUUGGCAAUAUUGUUACCUGUUUCUAUUGUAAAUCCCAUUUUUUUCUUCCUCCAGUUUGAUCUAUGGUAGACUGUCUAAUUUUGGUAAUUAGAUUUAGUUCUACAAUACUGUUUUUAGCUGUAAAGCACUACAGACUAAUGUUCUGUAUCCAUCUUGGCUAAUUUGAGUCAGAGAGCAGAGCACUUGAGCAUCCAAGGCGAUAUCUCCAGAGGCAAACACAUCCCUGGGAUAUCCUUCUGCCUAGCAAACUGGAUUUUAAUUCCUGGCCUCAAACUCUUGCUCACUGAAUACUUCUCCUCCUUGUCUGUAUCAUUUUGGGAGCAGUUCUAAGAAUAAUGCUUUUUACCAAGGCUUCAGGAUUUCAAACAAUGUGGUGAUUCACAGGAGAGAGAACUGGGAAGCCACAAAGUUCUUAAAAAAUAAAAACUUUGAGUGAACAAUCAUGUGGCUGAAGUGCCUACAGUAUUUUUUUUUUCCACUUGGCCACUGUAAGAAUCAUGUUAAUAAAGGAAUUAAGAUAAACCAUGGCAAGAAAUCGCUCAAGUCUUGUUUGUUUGGGGCAAACUGGUUUAUUGUGGCUGGUUGUUACCAUAUUAUUAAGUGCCAUUUAAAAGUUUGCCAUUUAAUGUUUAUUUAAAAUGUCUCUUAUUGUCAUUGUAUUUAAUGAACCAUGUUUUCUUGAGUACAAGAAAUCAAUUGAAAGAGAGUCCCAAGUUUCUUUGUGUGUCUUUUUAGAAAGCUAUUUUCCAGGUUGGUGAUACCUCAAACAGACCAACCAAUAUAUGUGACUAGGUCGUAGCGUUAAUUCUCCUUCAAUGGAGCCUUAUCUAAUGAGAAUCUUACCUCAUCUGGGAAGCCUGUCCCAGGGGAAUGUUGAAUUGUGGGGAAGAAAGGGAAAGGUUUGAGUUAAUAGUCCACCCUCACUUAGCAUCAUAAUGAUCCCAUGCUAUUAGAUAUAUUCUCUUCUGAGGGUCCGCUCAUCCUCACAGUAUCACUGAGGGACAAACUGGCAUUGCUGCCGCAUCUUUGGGGUUACUUUCAAAAUCUUAAAUCGGUGAAACCUUUUAAAAUGAAUGUCCAGGUGAACUCAACCAUUGACCUGGAAUUUUGAUCAUAUAUGUCACAUUGUUUACAGAGAAUGUGAGAAGUUUAUGGAGUCUUAGUUCAUAAAACAAACCUGUUCUAUCUGGCUCAAAUAUGACUGUAUAAUAACUGUAUUUCAGCACUGAAGAGGGUACUGGAGGUGAUAACUGCCGCAUUGCAUUUAAAAUGCACUAGCAAAGAUGACACGAAACUAGACCUUUCAGUUGAAACACUGUUGCAUUUUGGGAGUCUGAUAUCCACGUAUGUAUCACAUUUUCUCUGCCUGGGGUUAAUUUGUCCCUAUUAUCCUAGAUAAGUAAUUGAUAGCUUGUUAUGCUUGAUAUUCAUUCUGAAAUCCUCAUGUGUCCACCACUCAGACUUCAAGCAAUCUCUACCUAGUAUCAUAUCUGCCAAAACUACCAAUUAUUUUUCAUUGUCAGAAGUUAUUAGAACCAUUGACGAUGCUAGUGGUUGAAUGUGACAUUUUCUUCCUCUCCCCCUAAGUAGUUUAUCAGAAUGUUAAUGUUGUAGCAUGUGGGUUGGAUAUAUUAGCAAACUUAACAGGUUAAUUAGGUUAAAACAAUGUAAAGGGAUAAGGAUUAAAUAUUAAAUUGUAUUCUAUUCUAACUAUAAUAGCCUCAGAUAAGACUAUAGGGAGGGUGACACUUACUAGUGCUUGUUAAGAGACCUAAACUGAAAUGACGGAUUUGUAGAACAUCUGCUCAGAUUGUAGAAGUUGUACUAUCUGUUGAAUUGACUAUUAAUUCCUCCCUAGAUGAACUAGUGGCAUUGAUUGCUUUCCAAAAGGGCCAUGUCCAUCUUGCCUGCUGCUGGUUCCCCCUGCCCUUUUCUCCUUUCUUCCAAAGAAGAAUUCUUUAAUUUUUAGGUUUUGUGGUCAGUGUAACACAGAUUCAUAAAGCUAGCUAAACGAUUUUUAAGGGUUUUUUUUUUUAAUGUGACAAAAGGAGAAUUUCAAAAAACAGAUCACAUAAUAAAAGCUCUCCCCCCUUUUAAAAAACUAUAAUUCAAUGGCAAUAUUUCUUUGGGGGGAGGAAUUCAUUAUUAAUAAUUUAAAUAUUCUCUGUUUUUCUUCAAAAUAUUGUUUAAUAUGUUACCCUUCCCUGGAGUAUUUCUCUUUUAAUUGGGGAACAGUACUUUCACUAAAAAGAAUGAAAUUCCAAGCUAACUGCAGGCAUCAGGGCCAGACCAUGGUGGGAGCUCUUCCUGGUUUGCGUACAAACCAUAUCCUAUAGGUAGCGGCCUAUGCAGCAGGACAGUCAGGUCCUUCCUGUAGUCAGUGUACUAAAACACUAUCCCUUCAAAGAGUGAUUAUGGGGGGCAGCUAGGUGGCACAGU